UCACACACACAGCAAACGCGUUCAUUUCUGCCUUGCUGCCUUCCACAAUCAUUACAUUUGUUUUUCAUUUUUAAAACUAUCCUAGAGUGGGGGAAUCUGCAACAUUUUAACGUAAUGAUAAAAGAAGCGAAGAAAUAUGCAAGCGACAGACGCGAAAAUCACACAUCAAUGAAAGAAGCGAUGGUGCGAUUUGGGGGCAACAUUACCUGUCAUGUUUAUCCAUAUUUGAAGGCUCAGUCCUCCAGUAAUAGGUCAGAUAGGGGUUUUAUACCGGUUUUGGACCCACACAGACUGCAUCUGCUGCUCCUCUUGAUUGGACACAGCAUCAGAAGUCGAGAUGCAGUCAGUCCGUCUGCCAGCUGUCUGGAAGAUGAUUUUACUCACAAUGAUAGCUCGUGUGGCGGACGGACUGCCUCUCGCCGCCUCUAUGCAAGAAAACGACCAGUCUGGAAGAGACCUCCAGCAGUACCAGAGACAAGCCAAGCAGCUGUGCCGUAAACUGAAUGCUCAGAGUCCAGACCGCUGUACCGUGGAAGCACAGGACAUGAGUUUUCAUUAUUUAAUAGCAGAAGGUGUUUGCUACCUGGCCAUCUGUGAGCCCACUUUUCCCAAGAAAAUCGUCUUUGCAUACCUUGAGGACCUCCACAGGGAGUUUUCUGACCGGUAUGGAAGGAAAGUUCCAAUGGUGACGAGGUCGUACUCCUUCAUCGAGUUUGACACGUACAUCCAGAAAACAAAAAAGUCAUACAUUGACAGCAGGGCUAGGAGGAACUUGGGCAGUAUCAACACAGAGCUACAGGAUGUUCAAAAAAUUAUGGUGGCCAAUAUUGAGGAAGUUCUGCAACGAGGAGAAGCACUUUCGGCCUUAGACACAAAAGCCAGCAACCUGUCCACACUGUCAAAGAAGUACCGCAGUGACGCAAAGUAUCUCAACACCCGCUCCACGUAUGCCAAAGUCGCUGCAGUGGCGGUCUUCUUUGUCACGCUCGUCAUCUACGUGCGCUUCUGGUGGCUCUGAUGGGAUGCAUUUUAGGAGCAUUUCUCAUGGAAGGUGGAUCAUACAGGCCGAGUACCGCUGUGCCGUAACAGGUCAUGUGUGUGUGUGAAGCUAAAUGAUCCAACAAAGCCAUCAUGCUAUGGACACUUGAGGACAGACUCGGCUGCAGGUUGGUGGGAUGAAGCCAUGCUUUGGAAGCAGACUACGUGGUGCGUUAAAGAAGCGAACUUGGUCUUGACUUGUGCUUACAUGUUUUAAGGAGAUCUAUUUCAACACCAAGAUGAAAGCAUCUAAGUUGAAGGUCUUAAAACUGUGAUUUCAAAAAGCUUAUUGUUUGAGGGUAACACAAUUGUCUUAUUGAGGAUUAAAUAAUUAUUAAAAUGACCGUUUCAUUUCAAACUAUACAAAACUACAUACUCAUCACACACUCGGCAUAUUGUGAUACUGCAUAUUCGCAUCUAUUAGUCAAUUGCAAGAUAAUCAUUUGAGUAGUAGCCCCUCACCACAUGGCGCUUCAAAUUUUGCGUCACUUUUGUUUGCUGUUUUAUGGUUAACAUCCUAUUAUUCAAAAUAUAUAUAUUUUUUGUAGCAAAGUGUACAUAUUUCUGGCCUAAAAGUAUUUUCAAGCAUAAAAAUAACUACACAACUAUAAGGCUUUCAGAAAAUGCAUUGACUUUGUGGUAUGUAGUACUAUACACUGAUCACUAGGUGUCAGCUAGCUACUGGGACAACAAGGAACUUUUUCAAUGCUAACAUGAGAGUCUAUAUCAUGUCUUAUUUUGUCUAUGAGUGAUACGAAUGUAAAGGUGACUAUAGGGGUGUUAAUUCAUGUCCAGAGGGCUCGUAAACAUGUUCCAACUAGAUAAGGAAUCCUGCAAAACUUAACACUGUUGGGUCUGGACUGAGGUGUGGACUCGAGUCACAGCUUUGAUGACUUUGGACACGAUAAUAUCAGAGAUAGCAACUCGACUUGGACUUCAGUCGGAUGACUUGAAAAUACUUUUUUCCCCCAGUGUGUGCUGUAGGGCUGGGCAAUUUUAUCCCGAUUUGAUCCUGCAAUAUAAAUCAGUUUUGUUCCCAAAAAAAUGUAUCAAUCAAAACCAAGCAUCGAUAGCUUUAUCUCUGUACCAAGUAUCAGAAGUCUGCUCAGGUUCAAAGAAAACAGCAUCUCAGGAACUCUUGUGGUGUUGAGCAGCUUGAUACACCAAUAUAUAUUUUAAUGCAUCACAAAUAAGAUGUACAUUUUUUUCACUAUA